AUGAUAGUACGAUCAACAUUUUUUAAAUUAAUCACUUGUGGUAUUCUGAUUUUUGGUGUUGCUGUUCUAAUACUAAAUUAUAUUUCAUAUCAUCAAAACCGAGAUAAUUUUGAAUUUGUUGAUGAUAGUAAUGCAUAUGUUAUAUCAAAUCAUGAUGGUGAUGCAUUAAUUCGUAUUAAAGCUGAUGUCAAAUCAAAUAGUAAACCAGCAAUAUUAUACGCUAAUGAUGGAAAAAUAGAUAUACCAAAAGUACCCAUUCGAACUUAUAUGAUUACAAUGAAUCAUGAACAGGAUCAACAUGUUCUUGUUCGUGAAGCUGGUGAAAGCAAUUUUAAAAUACUUCUACUUCAUGGUCAAGCAUUUUCUUCUAAAACAUGGGAGAAAAUUGGUACUUUGCAAUAUUUAGCAAGUUGGGGCUAUCAAGCAUUUGCAAUUGAUUUACCCGGCUAUGGAAAUAGUUCAUUACCGGUUAUUCAAGAAACAGCAGCUGCACAAUGGUUGACAAAACUUAUACGCUUACUUCGUCUUUCAAAUUUUGUUAUUAUUAGUCCAUCUAUGAGUGGUCGUUUUUCUUUACCUUAUGUUAUAAAAUCUUAUGCUAAACAACAAUCUAUACGUGGUUUUAUACCAAUUGCUCCAGUUGGAACAAAAAAAUUUGAUACACAUGAUUAUAAACAAGUUCAAAUUUCAACAUUAAUUGUUUAUGGUGAAAAUGAUACAGAUUUUCAAUCUGCAAUAAAUGUUCUUAAACAAAUUCCAUCUAAUGAAGUACUAAUGAUUAAAAAUGCUUCUCACGCUUGUUAUGUACAACAGCCACUUGAAUUUCAUAAUGGUCUUCGACAAUUUCUUUAUAGUGUUUAUCAUCCAAUUUAUAUUGAACAAUAUAAAAAACGUUCAGAAUCAAUAUCGACUUCUAUUUCUCCAUUAUCAUUAUCUGUAAAAUUCGACGAUAGCGAAGGAAAGAAGCAAAAAAAAGUAACCGAUAACUCAACAUCAAAUGAAAAACAACAACAUACUCAUUAA